AUGGACGCUAAGUUGAUGGAGGCGCGCUUGCGCGCCUUCUACACCAAGCACAACCCGGACAAUGACCAAAACAUCGCCGAGAUUGUGCGAAAAUUCGCCGGUAGAGAGCGUCAGCUGUGCGCGAAACUUCUUAAGAAGUAUGGAGAAGCACCUGAUCUUACGUUUGGUGAUGUUUCUACUGAUCAAGAUGAUGUAAGCAAGACAACAGAUGCAGUAAUAUACUCGUAUGCCGCGUACCAGAGCGAUUUCAAGCCGUAUCCGUUGGUCAAGGCCACACCUACUUCGCUGGACUUUCGAUCGAAACAAUUUGAUGCACUUAAGGCCUUACAAACACCUAGAAGGCUGCUAGAGCUUCCAGUACCCACGGCUUAUCCACUGGAUAAUAUUCAAAAGUGCCGGCAUUUGCUACCAAAGUCAGAUGUGAAUCGGCAAACUCUCAUUGUAAGACCAAAUAAGGCGAGUCCAUCAACAGCUAAAGCUAUUAAAACUUCAAAAACAUCAUCUCCUGCCGCUCCGUCGCUAUUUGAACAGCUUGCUGACACCUAUUUGGACGGACCUUUCCGUGUUCUUCGUCGCUGUUUCCUUGAACGAUUGAGAGUUCUUGUCGUCAUAAGACGAAUUAAUAGCGUCCGUGGCACUUGUUCGGGAUUCUUAAAGGCUUUUGAUAAACACAUGAACCUCGUGCUUUUGGAUGUGAGUCAAGAGUAUAUCCCGCUUCAAAACUACACGAGGCUGCUGCGAGAAGUUCAAAAGGGAAAUCGACCAGCAAGUGAUCACGUGUUCUCCGCCGCUAAUCGGCAGCGCAAUCAUCGAGUACUAUUCAGUGUGGGUGGAACAAAACGCGAAUUGGACAAGUCAUUUCAUAAUAGCUCUGAGCUACAUAUUGUUGAUAUAUUCGAAGGCGGCUAUCGUGCAACAAAGGGUUUAGUGAGGCAUCCAAAGACCGAGCGUCUCAACCUUAGUGCACUUCUUUAUGCGCUGCAAAACUUUGCAGUUGAUGCAGCUCUCGAUAGGGACGAAUGUAUUACCGCCGGGAUCGUUAUGUUCACCACGCCUCUCGAAAAUAUGGUGCUAGCAACCACGCCAUCCCGCAGUCUUCUUGUGGUACUCUUUACUCAUCCAGAAUUUAACGUUGAGGUAGCAAAAAGACUUGUAAAGCGUUUUGCUUUCAAUUACGAUAAGUGCGACGACGUGACGAUGCAGCAAUCAAAUUCAAUCGCCAUGUUGCCCUGUCGAUUCCGCCAGAUAUUCUCUCAAGCAAUCGAAGAAAUAGUUGAGCGAGAACUCAUUAGUCUAGGUGAAACGAUAUUUUUUUCUGAGAACCGACAAACAACUGUUGUCGCGGACAUUCUUGGCGAUCAAGAAUCAUUCCUGUGUUUCAAUUACUCGCCGCACUCGAAGACCACCGAUUGCAAAAUUUCAAAAACAGAUUUCGAAGAGGAAUGUCGUAAUCCAGUCAGAGCGGAUAUAUCGCUGUCAGACGUACCAAAAGAUAGAGUGCGAAAUCCACCCAUUUUUCGCGUCCGAAAUAAGGUGACUGUAGCUCCGGCAGCCAACACUUUGAUCGAUUUUCAGCAUCUUGAAAAGAUAAAAGCAAAGAGAAAGACUCGAUGGAUGUCACGUAAUACGGUUAUGAGUCACUUGAAGCCGCACAAAUUUCAGCGAAUUUUCCAUAUCAUUGGUCUAGAGAGAAAAGUAGCGAUGCUUGGUUUUCAUCAAACGGAAAGAGCGCUCAAAAUUAAAAAUGUUGUGUCUUCUUUUGAAAAAUUCAUAAGCUUAUCGUCGCAUUUAUUCAACUCGGCGUCCUCGGAACCACAGCAACAAUUACACAACCUGGAUCAGUUUGUUUGGAAAAAUGAUUGUGUUGCAGCUAAAAAAUUGGAAAAAGGUAUGAAUAUAAGUCUCUUUGUGGCUUGGAAAAAAGGACCAUGCUGUCUCUAUGUUCCAAUAGUUUCAAGCAGUAUGAAAUCUGAGACCGAAUCAUUAAUUCGCGUCACUGUUAAAACACUUUUUGAAAUUCUAGAGCCUCUGCUUGAUUGCCAAGCGAAGAUACUCGCUUAG